AUGGUAGCCUUGCGCUUGAAAUAUUUGUUGAAGGUGCUUCACACCACGUUGAGUAUAAAAGCGGAAAGUCGGAAUCGGUAUAGGCACAGUCUUAACAGUCCUAUCAAACAGGAGGUUGUCUUCGCUUGCGCUUUGGCUGUUGCCUCCGCUGGAUACCUUUCUCCUCUUGGAUAUGGAGCUCACCAUGUGUAUGGAGGACAUCAAGUCUAUGGUGUUCAUCAUGUAGAACAUCAACAUCUUCCAGUUAUUGGAGCUGAUGGUGUCCCAGUUGAUACUGCUGCUGUCCAACAAGCUAAGGUUGAACACUCCGUGCACAAGGCUCAUGUUGAAGCUCGCAACGGAGAUUUGUACCAUGGUGUUGUUGCUCAUGGAGUUGUCGCUCAUGGAGCUGUAGUAGCAGCCCCAGUUGUAUCCACCUAUGCCACUCAUUACACCCCAUCUGUGUAUACUGGUCCACAACACGUCCCAGUAAUUGGAGCCACCGGUGUCCCAGUAGAAACCCCAGAAGUUCAACACGCCAAGGCUGCCCAUUUGGUCCACAAAGCCGAAGUACAAGCCCGCAACGGUGCUUCCGUUCACGCUGUCGUAGCUCCAGUCGUAGCUCACUCCGUUGUAUCCCACCAUGUCCCAGUUGUAGCCCACGGUCUUCCAGUAGAGACCCCAGAAGUCCAACACGCUAAGAUCGCUCAUUUCGCUGCUCACGCUGAAGCCAAUGCCCGUAACGCCGUUGUAGCUCACUCUGUAGUAUCCCACGAAGUACCAGUUAUUGCCAACGGUGUCCCAGUCGAUACCGUCGAAGUACAACACGCUAAAGCCGCUCACUUUGCCGCUAAGGCCGAAGCUCAUGCUCGCAACGGAGAUUACGUCCAUGGUGUUGUAGGAUACACUGGUGUAGUAGCUCCAGUAGCUCACCAUGUCCCAGCCAUCGUCAACGGAGUCCCAGUCGACACCGUCGAAGUACAACACGCUAAAGCCGCCCACUACGCCGCCAAGGCUCAAGCCCUCAACGGUCACUACUCCCAUGGAAUCGUAGGAUACACUGGUGUAGUAGCUCCAGUAGCCCACCACGUCCCAGUAGUAUCCACUUACGCCCAUCAUUACGCUCCAUCCGUGUACACCGGACCACAACACGUCCCAGUAAUUGAUGCCUCCGGUGUCCCAGUAGAAACCCCAGAAGUUCAACACGCCAAGGCCGUACAUUUGGCUGCUCACGUUAAAACCGCUUCCAAGUGGUAACUUUUCCAAAUUGAAAUUGUUAUAUA